UCUUGUGUUACUCAUUCAUGCAAAUUGGAGAAGGUAUAAUUGAAACAAGGUUGGCAGUGUUUGAGGCAGUGAGCUGCAGCUGAGCUCAGCUUUAAAGGUCGCUGGAAAUCAAGUGCUUUGUAAGUGAAGGCAUUUUGACUACAAGCAAUUCAAGACAUUUUGGAAACGUCAGUCUCAGGAAUGGGUCGUCUUUUUCUUUCUGAGAUAUCUGGUAUCUAGUGUUUUCCUUUGGAUAAAGACUACUACUUAAGAGCUCUUUUAGGCACCACAAAUGAUUUUUUCUUUCGACGCAGUGCAGCUGCUUCUAGCCUGUCUACCGACAGAGAUCUUUGUUAUGACUUUCAGCCCUUAACAUGUUUGGAAAUGAGAACAAAUGGCACAAAGCUUACGAUUGCACUUUGCAGCCAGAAGAAGCAAUACUUAUCCUUUGUCAGAAACCUCCGGAGAUGACUCGGAUAGCAAUGUUCCCAUGUGCUUCAAAAGACCAACACGGAUUUCAACGUCUAACGUUGUUCAAAUGAAGCUGACUCCCAGACAGACUGCACUAGCUCCGUUAAUAAAGGAAAACGUUACGUCUCAGGAGAGCUCAUCUGUUCCUCCACCUGAGAAUGUUAAUAAAAAGAGCAGCUGUCUACAGAUUUCACUACAGCCAACAAGGUACAGUGGAUAUCUUCAGUCUAGCAGUGUCUUAGCUGAUGCUGACGAUGCUUCAUUUACCUGUGUCUUGAAGGAUGGCAUUUACAGCAGUGCUGUGGUUGAUAAUGAACUAAAUGCUGUGAAUGAUGGAAACCUUUUAAGCAGUUCUGCCAUUUGCAGUGGUAGCUUUAGUAACUUUUCAACCAGUGAGAACGGGUCUUACAACAGCAACGGUAGUGAUUAUGGGUCAUGCACAAGUAUCACAAGUGGAGGUUCCUACACCAACAGUAUCAUCAGUGACAGCAGCGGUUAUACUUUUCCAUCAACUGAUGAUACUUUUCUGGCCGGAAAUUUAUCUUCUGACAGCACCUCCUAUAGAAAUGUGCCAAACAGGAAUACUACUCCAUGUGAAAUUUUUUCAAGAUGUACAAGUACAAUUCCUUUUGUCCAGGAUGACUUGGAGCAUGGACUAGAGAUUAUGAAAUUGCCAGUGAGCAGGAACUCGAAAAUUCCACUAAAACGUUGCUCAUCCUUAGUCAUUUUUCCCAGGAGUCCUGCAAAUACCCCACCAACUUCUCCGACAAAUACAGGUAUUCUUCCAAGCAAAGGAUCCUAUCAGACGUCACACCAAUUUAUUAUUUCUCCUAGUGAAAUUGCCCACAAUGAAGAUGGUACUAGUGCUAAGGGAUUUCUUUCAACAGCUGUCAAUGGACUUCGGUUAUCUAAAACAAUCUGUGCUGCUGGAGAAGUAAGAGACAUACGACCACUUCAGGGGAAGGGCUUAUCACAAAAGAAAAUUGUUAUUGCGAAUAAUAGUCCAAGUCAGACUGUCUUUGAAAAGUCACCUGAUGGAUAUUCUUGUGUUUCAGUACAUUUCACCCAACAAAAAGCAACUACAGUAGAUUGUGAAGCAGCAAAUAGUGAUUGUAGACCAGAGAUGUCAGAAAGGAAGCUUAAUUCUGAUUCAGAGUAUAUUAAGCUGAUGCAUAGGACAUCUGCGUGUUUACCAUACUCCCAAAACGUGGAUUAUCAAAUAAAUAUUAAUGGACAGUUGGAAAGACCAAAUUUACAGAUAAACAAAAACCGUGCUAUUUUACAAAGAAGUAUUUCACUGGGAGGGACUUACCCAAAUGUUUCCUGUUUAUCCAGCCUUAAGCACAAUUGUUCCAAAGGGGGACCAUCUCAAUUACUAAUAAAGUUUGCAUCUGGAAAUGAAGGUAAAGUUGAUAAUUUAUCAAGAGACAGCAACAGAGAUUUCACAAAUGAACUAUCUAAUUCUUUGAAGCAUUCUUGUAAGACAAGAGAUGAUUUCCUAGGUCAAGUGGAUGUUCCUCUUUAUCCGUUACCGACAGAAAAUCCAAGAAUGGAGAGACCAUAUACAUUUAAGGAUUUUGUUCUUCACCCAAGAAGUCACAAAUCAAGAGUUAAAGGUUAUCUGAGAUUAAAAAUGACUUAUUUACCUAAAACCAGUGGCUCAGAAGAAGAUAAUGCAGAACAGGCUGAGGAAUUAGAGCCUGGCUGGGUUGUUUUGGACCAACCAGAUGCUGCCUGCCAUUUGCAGCAGCAACAGGAACCUUCUCCUCUACCUCCAGGAUGGGAAGAGAGACAGGACAUUCUCGGGAGGACCUACUAUGUAAACCAUGAAUCUAGAAGAACACAGUGGAAAAGACCAACUCCUCAGGACAAUCUAACAGAUGCUGAGAAUGGUAACAUUCAACUGCAAGCACAACGAGCAUUUACCACGAGGCGGCAGAUAUCUGAGGAAACAGAAAGUGUUGACAACCGAGAGUCUUCCGAGAACUGGGAAAUUAUAAGAGAAGAUGAAGGCACCAUGUAUAGCAAUCAGGCUUUCCCAUCAUCUCCACCAUCAAAUAACAUGGAUGUUCAUGCGCAACUUGCAGAAGAAUUGAAUGCCUUACCCGCUAUUUGUGGAAAUUCAGCCACCGGCCAGCCAGUAUCCAGCUCAAAUCAUUCCAGCAGAAGAAGCAGCUUACAAGCCUAUACUUUUGAGGAACAGCCUACACUUCCUGUGCUUUUGCCUACUUCAUCUGGAUUACCACCAGGUUGGGAAGAAAAACAAGAUGAAAGAGGAAGGUCGUAUUAUGUAGAUCACAAUUCCAGAACUACUACAUGGACAAAGCCCACUGUAGAGGCCACACUGGAGACCAGUCAGCUGCCAUCAGGCCAGAGUUCUGCAAGCCCUCAACCACAGGUCUCCACAGGUGAUUCAGUACAGCAGGUGACCCAGCCAUCUGAAAUGGAGCAAGGAUUCCUUCCUAAAGGCUGGGAAGUCCGGCAUGCACCAAAUGGGAGGCCUUUCUUUAUUGACCACAACACCAAAACUACCACCUGGGAAGAUCCAAGAUUGAAGAUUCCAGCUCACCUGAGAGGAAAGACAUCACUUGAUUCUUCCAAUGAUCUAGGGCCUUUACCUCCAGGAUGGGAAGAAAGAACUCACACAGAUGGAAGAAUCUUCUACAUAAAUCACAAUAUAAAAAGAACACAAUGGGAAGAUCCUCGGUUGCAGAAUGUAGCAAUAACUGGACCAGCAGUGCCCUACUCCAGGGAUUACAAAAGAAAGUAUGAGUUCUUCCGAAGAAAGUUGAAGAAGCAGAAUGACAUUCCAAACAAAUUAGAAAUGAAACUUCGCCGUGCAACUGUUCUUGAGGACUCUUACAGGAGAAUAAUGGGUGUCAAGAGAGCAGACUUUCUCAAGGCUCGACUGUGGAUUGAGUUUGAUGGUGAAAAGGGAUUAGAUUACGGAGGAGUCGCCAGAGAAUGGUUCUUCCUGAUCUCAAAGGAAAUGUUUAACCCUUAUUAUGGGUUGUUUGAAUAUUCUGCUACGGAUAAUUAUACCCUACAGAUAAAUCCAAACUCUGGAUUGUGUAAUGAAGAUCACCUCUCCUACUUCAAAUUUAUUGGCCGGGUAGCUGGAAUGGCAGUUUAUCAUGGCAAACUCCUGGAUGGUUUUUUCAUCCGCCCAUUUUACAAGAUGAUGCUACACAAACCAAUAACUCUUCAUGAUAUGGAAUCAGUGGAUAGUGAAUAUUACAAUUCAUUAAGAUGGAUUCUUGAAAAUGAUCCAACAGAGUUGGACCUUAGGUUUGUCAUAGAUGAAGAACUUUUUGGGCAGACACAUCAACAUGAGUUGAAAAUUGGUGGAUCGGAAAUAGUUGUCACCAAUAAGAACAAAAAGGAAUAUAUUUAUCUUGUAAUACAGUGGCGAUUUGUGAACCGAAUUCAGAAGCAAAUGGCUGCUUUUAAAGAGGGAUUUUUUGAACUAAUACCACAGGAUCUCAUCAAAAUUUUCGAUGAAAAUGAACUAGAGCUUCUUAUGUGUGGAUUGGGAGAUGUCGAUGUGAAUGACUGGAGAGAACACACCAAGUACAAAAAUGGCUACAGUGUCAAUCAUCAAGUCAUCCAGUGGUUUUGGAAGGCUGUUUUAAUGAUGGAUUCAGAAAAAAGAAUAAGAUUACUUCAGUUUGUCACUGGCACAUCUCGCGUGCCUAUGAAUGGAUUUGCUGAACUAUAUGGCUCAAAUGGACCACAGUCAUUUACAGUUGAACAGUGGGGUACCCCUGAAAAGCUGCCAAGAGCCCAUACAUGCUUUAAUCGCUUGGACUUGCCACCCUACGAAUCAUUUGAAGAAUUAUGGGAUAAACUUCAGAUGGCAAUUGAGAACACUCAGGGUUUUGAUGGAGUUGAUUAGAUUACAGAUAACAAUUUACAGUGUUUUACUGCCACUUUUUUAUAAGCAAAAUCUUGACUUAAAGUUUUCCAGGGAACUACUAAAACUUAGCCAUUGAUUCUUCCCAAAUACUGGAGAAAACCAUAUAAAAGCUUUAGAAGAAACAGUAACGCAACUUGACCAUUAUUUCAUCCACUUUAAAAUAAUGUGUUGCAUUUACACAGUUGUUUCAUUCUAUCUUUAGAAUUCACAUCCAGGACCUAAGUCCUCUGUGCCUGAAAUAGUGAGUUGUGUCUUUAACAGUUACCUCUUUUGCAGUAUUUGCCAGGCAGUCCUUUUUUAAACUACUGAAAUUAUAACUGUGAAUAUUUGUGAUGAGUGUCAUGUGUGAAAAGUUUGAUGCUUUUUGAGAAGGAAAACUGAAAUUUGGAAAAGAAUACUUUAAUACUGAGUAAACUACACUAUAUUUAGUGCUGCCUGCCUUUAUUAUUAUUUUGUAGACCUGCCUAAUGCACCUUACUGGCCAGAUUUUUGGAUAAAUUUUGGAAAGUGUGUUAGCUGUAUUUUUAGUCAACUGACUCACUGGCAAAAAAAAUUGUUUACUUCUUCAUUUUAGAAAUAUUGGUUUUUGUUAAUAUGUGGUUUUACUAAACAAAGUGGUGAAUAAGACAUGUGAAGCAAAUACAAAUUUGCAAAGGGUGAAAAGUAUUAACGCCAUCCUCUUGCCUGGAUAGCUUUUAUGAUUCAUUGGUAUAAUCAUCACUCUCUCAUGUUUUAGUUUAGAGAAUUCCUUCUUUCAAUGUUAAACUAAAGCUCCACUAUGCAGUAUUUCUAAAUACGCCUUGAAGAACUUAGUUAAAUGUAUAGUACUUGCCUUUACUAGUCAUUUUUCACACUUGCACAAUUAUGUAGUAACUAUAUGUUUACAGGGUUUAUUAUGUUUACACCUUAAGCUAAUUUCUGUAGUGGCCUUUUUAUAUUUUCAGUAUUUUACGUUAGUCAAAAAAACCAAAUAAUUAGCUAAAAAAUAACCAAAGACUAGUUAUAAUGCAUAAUUUGUAUUAAAUUUAUUACCAUAUUUCUUAUGCUUUUAAAAAUACUGUUUACUAUGAAAAUGAUGUUUUUACUAUGAAUCCAAAACUCUUCAGAAAAAUGCUACAGAUAGAAUCCUACUUUAAUCAAAUUGAAGUACAUAAAAACCACGUACGUAGAUUCCACAAAUGUUUAUCGAAUGCUUGCUAUACACAUAGCACUGUGCUAGGCUCCGGGGGGAGAGUUGUCAGCUUCCAAGCAAUCUAGUUCAGUUCUCAUUCUCAAGGAACUUACAGGUGUGUAAAUGAAUUUGUAAACAAUCAAAAUAGGGGUGAGCAGAAUAAGGCAAAAGGGAAAGUGUUCCAAUGUACCUGCCAAGAUAAAGUGUGCCAAGACUGUAUUUAAGUUUCAUACCUGUAUCGGAAUGGUUAUAUAGAAAAUGUUCUUACAAACAGUUAAACCUAUUUCUCAAUAUGGUAUCUUGGUGAUUUAGGAAUAAUUGUAAAUAAUUAUAUGUUAUGAAUCUUCUUAAAUACAUAUAUGUAUAUACACUCUGAGAGUUGUAAAAAGUGCUCUGGCUAUUGGUUUAAGUUGGCAGGGAUAUAAUAUGAUGGGUACCUGCCAGUACCUAGUAGAGAUCUCAGAUGUGACAGUAGCAAAACCACUUUCCAAACACCAUGUCAACAGCUCAGCUUACGGAAGUGAACUCAGAUCAGUGCACCUGUGUUUUAUCUCCACCUGUGCUAACCAGCAUUCGGGCAAGACCACCAGGUGUAUUCCUAAUUUUAUCACUUACUGUUUAAACUGAAGCAACUUACUUAACCUCUCUGGGCUCCUAUUUCUUCAUCUAUCGAAUAAGAAUCAUCAUGACCCCUCUCGUCGUCAUGUAAGAUUGUUGUUCCAGAGAGGUGUUCUGUAAAGUAUCAUACAAUCAAAAGAUGCUUUGUGCUCACCAUCAGAUUUUGUCAAAUCAGGUGUGGACAGUAACUACACUCCCAAAGAAAAAUCUCAUUAUUUAAAAAUAGAAUGACUGCUAAUAAAUAAGGAAGCAGGAACAUAUCUGAUACUGAAUACACAGACAUAUAUGUACACAUAUUUUAAUCUAUACAUGGAGCUUACCAUCAGAAUUCAUUUUCUCCACAUCAGCAAUUAAAACGAGCCAGUGCAUGUUGGAUUGUCUUCAUUAUGUAGAACUGAAUGUGAAAAUUGUUUUUGUUAAAACGGGAUUUUAUCAUGUGAUUGUUUAAAUAUCACUUCUGUGAAAUACCGUAGCAUGUAUCAGAGCUUGAGAAAAUAGAAAGCUUGCUUCUCAUCUGACUGAUAUUAUUUGGAUGAUCCUCAUUUGGUGACUCAGACAAAAUGGGUGUAAAUGAGACCAGACUCCCUCCUACCAGCCCCCAGCCACAGACCAUCUUCCACACUGUCUCCCAGAUGUGGGCUGACAGUCUGGAAGAAAUCUGGAUCAAGCAACACAGCCCCUCACCCCAGAUAGAAAAGUAUCUCAAAUGCAUUCUGGGGCUGGAAAGUAAGUAAGGUUGUUUUCUUAAAGCACAUCAUAUUUUUCUAGAAAUUAUAAGCAUAUAAUUUUAGCCUAUAUUUUCUCUGUAAUCAAAUUUUAACAUAGACAUAAAAUUGUACUACAAAUGCAUUUCAUCCUAACUCAAUUUUAAAUGGUAUGUUUUCAUUUGUUUUUAUUUAUAAUGCUGAAAUUAUUUCAUGUAAUUAUCAAGUUAAACAAUUCAUUUUGAUUAUAAGACUUUUGACCUUGUUUUUUAAAAUCUUCCGAUAUG